AUGGGUGCUGCCAUCCCCACCAUCCCGGUGCCUAGGAGCCGUGGCUGCUGGCGAGUGCACCUCAACAGCCUGUGGUCCGUGUGGUACGGCCUGUGCGCAGCCGCUCUGCAAGGCUACAUAGCGGCACGUGCCGCUCGCCGCUUGCUGCUGCGCUCAGAGCCGCCCUGGCCGGAGCUCCACGUCUGCCUCGCGCUCGUCGCUUCCUCGGCCGUGCUGCUGCCCUGUUUCCUGGUCGCAGCGCUGUUCAAGGUCGGCAACCUCGCCAACGACGGCUUCAAGCUGGGGCGCCAUCUGUCAGCCUGCACGGCCGACCCACCAGGCCCCGCCGCCGGGGGCGCUGGGGGCGGCGGCAUAGUCCGCGGGCUCUGGCGGCACGGCGGCCCCACGGCGCCCUUCCUGCACCUCGCCGCCGCCUUCUGCCUGCUGCUGCCACGCCUGCUGCUGGAGGCCCGCCUGGUGCAUGCAGGUCUACUGCCCAAAGAAGCCAUCUGGAGGACGGACCUGGACUUCAUGGUGGUGCACCACGACCGGCUCGUGGUGCUGAGCUUCGUGACCUCGCCGGGCGGCAACGCCACCGACCUGCUGCCCACCCCCCUGCCCCUCGCGAGCUCGACGGCGGCGGCGGCGGCGGCCGGGGGCGGCGGCGACGAGGCUCCGUGGGGGCCCGUGUCCGCCGAGUUCCUCAACUACGCGCUGGCGCUGCUCGUGUACGCCGUGCGCUACCCGGCCGUCUUCUGGAACACCAACAAGGGCUUCGGGCUGCUCUUCUCCUUCCAGCUGCUCGCGAACGGCCUGCAGAGCCUGCUGUCCUUCGCCGGCAUGUGCGUGCUCUACAAGGUGCAGGUGUACGGGCCCGCCGAGGCGCUGCCGCUGCUGCCGCGGCGCGCGGAGUCCCCGCUGCUGCUCAACACGCAAGUCAGCCUCGCGCUCUACGUGCUGUCCAGCGUGCUGGUGCUGGCCUCCAGCCUCGUGCUCUACCUCUACGGCUACGGCAGGUUGACCGCGUUCCUGAACCAGGAGCGGGAACGGCGAGUGAUCGUGCUGCGCGAGCGACGGCGCGGCGGCUGGGGCUACUUCACGCACUGCGCGGCGCUGUGCGUGCUGCUCGCCAUCGCGCUCUGCAACGCGCCGCUGCUCUACGACUACACCGUCGUGUACAGGGCCAGCCUGGACGGGGCCGUCCUGGCGUGCGUGAUCGGCGGCAUCCUGCACCUGUUCCUGUGGGUGGUGGUGUGGCUGCUGCUGACCAUCAAGCAGCGCUGGACCUUCAAGCUGCGCGUGACGGUGGGCCGCGCCGCCGUCAAGUCGGCGCGCUCCGUCAAGCUGGUCACGGACGUGGACCUGGCGUCGGGCCGCCAGGGGCCGGACGACGCCGGCGCCGCCGUGCCCUUGCUCGUCGUGGGCAACGGCCGCACCUACACCAUCUCGGAGGUGUCGCCGAAGAAGGCCAUCAUGGGCGUCAUCCAGAAGGCGGCCUUGGACAGGAAGGCGAGGGCCGCUCAAGGCGGGAGUGGGGUUAGCUCCAUGGACGAAGGAGACGAGCAGAUAUACUGGCUGCGACCGAAGCCAAUCAGCCCCAAGACCUCGCCCGUCACCACGUCUGACCGCGGCACGUGGCUUAACCGCAAACUUGGGGGCGCCAAGCACAAGGUUACGUUCGACGACUCUCUCAACGGUCCGACCAACCGGAGCUUGUGCGCGUACAAGAAGGGCAAGUCGCUGCUGGCCAGGCCGGGGAGCAGGGGCAAGGGGAAGGCCCAGCGCGGCGGCCUGGAGCAGCUGUCCGAGUCAGAGGAGGACGACGGCGACUACGCGACGCUGCGCGAGAUCCCGCCCGGCGAGAACAGCGAGGACACCAUCUCCGAGGAGAACAAACUGCUGGACACGGCCUUGCAGGACGAUGCAGUCACCUACGCCCGCACCAACCGUGAUCUCAACCCUGGUGACUACGAAGAACCUACCCCCCUUGUCACCCCUGAGCCAAACGAUGAGGAGCUCCCCCCUCCGCCCACCCCAGUCGCCGGCCCAGUCACUGUCCACAACUCUACUGCCAUCACUGAGCAGAACCAGCUGCAGAGCACAGCCACUCCACGCUGCCUGAGGCGAGCGGACUCGGGGAUGCCUCACGAUGAGCUGACGCCACGCUCUGGCUCGGUCAGCACGGAGAGCUCUGCGUCCGGGGGCUCGCCGCCGUGCGGCAACCACAGCGAGACGUCCAGCGGCGUUCACUCCAACUCCAGCUCCGACAACCACGGCCAGGGGCGGGGGGAGGCGGCCACGGCCAGACGGUCGACUAGCGUGGACGACCUCACCGCAUCACUCGACCCCGUGGCCAGGACGCAGCCCCAGUGGCGCAGCUGCUCACUGCAGCGCAACGUGCUGCCUCCCACGGCUGUGUCCCUGCCCCGCGUGGUCCCCAAAAAUGGCGAUUCUGGUGGCGGGAGCAACCCUGCGCUCGUGCAGCCCAUCUACGCCUUUGGCGCCGUCCACUCGCAACGGUACGUGUCGCACAUUGCGUCCCCUGCCAACUGCCCCGUCGUCCCCAGCGGCAGCACGGGGGACAUGGGCAGCCAUCCGGCCGUGCUGCUGGAGAGCACGGCCGAGAGCACGGUCGUCAUCAGGAGGAAGCAGCCACGGGCAAAGGAUCCUGACGGUGCAGAAACGCCGCUGGUGAAAGACGAACCCUUCGGACGCUCCACGAACAUGCGCAUGACGUCAUUCACCGACUGUCCCGAUGGCUCGCGGCCAGGCGCGUCGUCGUCCGCGACCCUCCCGCACUAUCCCACCCAGCCCAUCGCAGUGGCGACCAUCUACCCGCACUGCUCCACCAUGCCACUGCCGAGCAGCGGCAACGUGCCGGUGAACCACCCUGCCACCACGGGCUCCGGGAGCUGCCACUCGUUUCCGCGCCCGCACACCACCAUCCCCACUCACCACAACGGCAUACGGCUGUUCAACGGCCCCAACCCCUUCGUUAAGCGGUUCCCCAUCUACCACCACCACCAAGCGCUGAGCAACGGUCGGCCCCCGCAGGUGGUGGUCGGGCCUUAUGGGACCAUGCCCGUGAACGCCACCCCUGGGGUGGAUACCGUUCGAAGCAGUAGCCUGACCGGCCACCACACGUUCCCGCACAUGGUAGCCGGCAUGAAGUACAGUCCGCAGCAUCUCUCCAGCAAGCAGGACCGAGACUCUGCCAACUUCUCCAUGGCAUCUAGCGGUGACUCGGACCAGUAUCUGCCCCACACGUGAGCCGGAGAAUAUAAUUUUGUUUCAAAAUGCAAACCAUUAUUCUGUCUUUCUGAGCUUUCAAAAUCCCUCUGUACCUUUACGAUGUCACCUUUAGUGUGCUGCAAAGUUUUACAUUUAUAAAUACUGCUGUAAAUGGGUAAAACAAAUGACAUUCCUGAGGGGAAAUGUACACACACAGACUGCAUGUGCACACAACCACAAUGGGGCAUAAAUAAUGUGUUGAGUGUUUAACAUAAUUAUUUAAUGAUUGUGAAAUAUACGAGAUUGUUUUGAAGUGCCGCUACAGAGAAGAACUUUAGAUGCAAGUUUGAAAGUUAAAUAAAUGACUUGUCAAAAAUAUUUGUGUAUCAAAUUGUGUGCAUUGUACCUGCAGUUUUUUUUAUGUAACUGAAACACAAGCCAAUGAAAGAAAACACAAUACAUACAUAUUAAUGAAAGCAGCUACAGAUUUUUGAUGUGUAAACAUCUUAGCUUUAGGUAUUCGGCAUUUGGUAGGAGUACUUUUGUGAAAAUGGAAUGUACUUAAAUGAACAUAAAUGUGUCACAAAGAUGAUGGACCCACCAGUAGCAACAUAAACCUGUAUAUAAUUAUUUUCGUAAAUAUUAGGGGUCAUACCAAACAUAUUUUUGUGCCAAAUGAAACCCAGUGAUAGUGAACUACUCUGGAAUAUAUUUGGUGAACUAAAAUAGUCAUAUUAAAUAUUAAUCUCAAACUUUCAAAGAAUACUAUAGCAUUACAGUCAUUAAAAUACUUUUUUUUUUCUUAAUUCCCCAUUGACUUAAUAGCACAGCGGUCGAGCAUAUGCUUGUUAACUUAAAGUUAUGUGUUUCAAAUAUCAUCACUAGAAUUUUUUUCCUCCUUUUUUAAUAACAUUAUAAUAUAGUAAUAAUUUUGAAUCAGCUCAAUAAUGUUACAGUUUGUUAGUAGGAAAUUUUUACAGACUGAUUUCAGUCGUUUAAGCAAAAACAAAUUAAUAUACAAACAUAUACUUAGUGUUAUAAUAUCUUUUAAAUGUUUUAGGUUAAUAUUUUAGUAAUAUAAAUAUGAGGAAACUUUAUAGUAUUAGCUGUUUAAUAAAUUUUAACAUGAUGGGUAGUAUUUAUAAAAAUUUGUUGUCGAAAAUCAGGACCAAAGCUAGGGUUUUAUCAGAAUGUUUCUAAUAGUUUUAAUUUCCAGUGGUUUUGUGCUGAUCUUAGAGAUAAACAGUAUUUACAAUCGCUGGUAUAUACCGAGGUUAUGAAACAAUAACAAUUUUGAUAGAUUGCUGGGUCUCUGAUAACCGGUUAUCGAAGAAAGAGAAUAUAAUUUUCAACUGUGCUGUAGUGCACAUCACCCGAUCUAGUGAGGAAAAAAAUACUAUAACUUCAAUUCUUGUGCUGUCACUAGGUAUCGCGAUAUGUGCAUUUCAUAUUCAACAUAUCAUAUUCAACAACUAUUUUUUAAACUAAACUAUCCACACAGUUCUCAGUUAUAAAAAAAUUACUUAGCAGUUGGCAUUUUUAAGUUCUUUAAGUAGGGGCUGGAAUUUUUCGCGAUCGCGAAUUUUGCGAAAAUUCGCGCGAAUUUCGCAUGAAAACGCGAAAAGUAAGUACAUUCGCGAAAACCACAACAUUUCUAUAUUACACUGCGAAUAUAUCCCCGAAAAGUACCAUUACAGUAGAAUCCCGCCGAUGCGAGCCCUCUCUGAUGCGUCCAUUCCGUUUAUACGACCGUUUUUUGAGAAAACAUGAAAAAUUUAAGCAGAGAAAGUCGAAAAUUUGAGUAAAAUCGGCUGAAAAACAAGUCUGUUACACUUUGUUGGGCUCUAUGCGUUCACGUUUAUCUUGGUGAGAGCUGUACUGUAAGCAGCCAGGCAUACAAAAGACGUCUAAAAAUAGAUACCACCCCUCUAGACUGACUGGCCACGCGGCAGUGUCUAGACGAGCUCGGCGCCUCCACUAUCGCACGAAAAGCCGUCUCAGCUGUCAUGUUAUCUUACCCGCCCGGCGGCUUGACGUCAUACGUGACGUGAGCGACGCUUACCUCUCCCAUCCCCUGCUAAUUCUUCAAGGCUCAUCCCUCCCAGAGCCAGAAACCAUGUAAAAACAACCCCCCCCCCCCCCCCUGCUUUUUUUUUAACAGCUAACAUUUCAACACAUUCCCUCCCUUAUUUCAACCUUCUGCGUGAGAAACUGUCAGCGUGUUUUUUUUCUCUCUUUUUUUUUACGCUGCGAAGGGACGUGGAAAAGAUAAUUGCUUUAGCUGUCAAAAUAAACAUCGCUGACGGCAAGGGCGGGAGCGCAUCCUGUCGGUCUGUCGCUGUGAUUAUCUAAUCCAAAAACAUGUCACAGCAUUUCAGGAUAGCAUUGUUCUUAUUUCUUUCGUUUAUAGCCGAAUGUUUUCUACUUGAUCCACACAAGGUUAAAGUAUCCUUUUAACCCAAGUCUUGUGUUUCAGCAUAAUUACCUUAUUUUUACAUAAGCCAUGUUCGUGUACGGUUUUGAUGCUCAAAAUUGAUCUGGGGUAUAGUUCACACUAAGUUUCUUCUCAUUUGUGCGCUGGGGUUUGUUCAAGUGGCAACCCCGUGUUCCUCCACUCCAUUAAAUACGAGCAUAUCAGUAUCAGAAACAUGGGUUUUAUUGUACUGACAAUAGCACAGUGAUGUGCAAAUUUUGCAACUGUAAAGUUUCAUGGGAUAGAAAAGAUUUCAUUGACAAACACCUAAAGUCGGCUAAGCAUGUGGCAUUGGCAGCCAAAAUAAAAAAAAAAAAUAAAAAAAAAUUGUAGUUGCAAACAUCUAUAGCAACGUGUCUGUUUUGUGUAACUGUUUUGGAUUUAAUUGGCUGUUAUUAUGCAUAUUAGCCUAUUCCUAGUAUACAUGGAUUGUUUAUUAAAUAUGUAAACUAUUAUAUUCAAUAACUGCACAAUUUAGUCAACAUUUAAAAUACCGGUAAAAUUUCCAUUGCAUAACGAAAAUACCGACUUUAAACCACCGCUUUUCUAAUUUGAAAGUACCGCUUUUUGCAUAUUGAAAACACCGAAAUUUUCCAGGCCCUAUCUUUAAGUAAUAGCAAAUUUUCAAAGUAACAUUCUAUAUAAGAGUUCUCUGUUCACAAUCAAAAUAAACUGUUUUCUGCUCGCGAUCGACGUAAACCGUUCUUUGCUCACGGACGACAUUUUAACCAAUUCUCAGCUAUUUGACAAUUAUCAGGAGAUGGCAGUGAUUCAAUAUUUUGUAAUUGUUUGGUUUUAACAGAUUAACUAAGGUUGUUUUAUGUGUACAUCAAUAGGCUAUACGCUAUAACAUCUGCAUGUCAAAGUUAAGCAGAACAUGAGCUAAAUUAAAUAAAAAAUGUCAUUCAUUCAGUACGCAUUUCUUUGUAUUAUGCAAAUACAUAAUGUGCUUGGAUAAAAUUAUAUACAAUUACGUCUGUAACCGCAGCAAAUUAUUAUUUUAGAUAACAAAAAGGAAAAUUACAAUGUCAGUAUUAAAAUUAGACCAUAAUUUUAAUGGUCAUAAUGAUUUUUUUGGUUGCUCUUUGCAAUUGGAAUAGCAAAUUAUUAAAAACAGACCUUCAUACCCAAUAACUGAUAAUUUUAACUAUCUAAAUAACCAGUUAUUCAAUCGGAAAAAUAACUACCAUAUCUGAAAGUAACCAUUUCACUCAUUCCUAGCUGCUAUCUACGUUUGAUGGUGGCGAGCAACGUUUACGAUUCUGGCAGCUAAUUCUAGCAGCAUAUGCAGAAACGUAUGCGAUUCACUUCCAGAAACUUUGGUAUUUGAAAAGCGAAUAUUUUAUUCAUCAGUUUACUUAUCAUGCUCAUCAUUAUUUUAAAGAAUUCUACAUUAAAUUUAGUGCCCAAGUUUCAUGUUAUAAGUUUAUUUGCAACAUGAACAACAUGAGAAGACAUGAAUUAGCUCGCUACCAAGGUUAGAUGUUUACACAUCACUGGAGAGUAAUGAAAGACUCACAUUUGUUUUUUACAGACUGCAUGAACUGCAUAAAACAUAACUGAUCGAAAAAGCAAAAGUUCUUUAAAAUAUGUUUCUUAUAACUAAUAUUUUUAAAGUAUCAUUAUUUGGUUCAGUCUCAAAUUUUUUUUAUGUAAAAUGCUUUAAAAAGCAGUAAAUAAAAAAGGAAACAAGACAGAAUAAUAGAAUACUGUAAAGCAUAAAAGUAAUCUCUAAGAAGUUCAUCAUGUUAUACUAAGUUAUAUACGUCUGUACUUAGUGUUGAUUGCAAGGCAUAUUUCACAGGUGACAAUAUGUGACAAGAGAGUUUUAUAAUAAUACUAAUAGCAUUUGCAUGUACUCAUGUUAUGUCAGCAUUUUCUUCUGUGGCUUGUACAGAACUGUCAUUCAUAUGAUGUUUGCCUUGCCUAAGCAAACUGUUUGUGGUGCAUCACAUAAAAUUUAAUUUUAUUUUGCUGCAAUGCACAGUAGAGUUUGCAUUUAAAAUGUUCAAAUGAGAGUAGCCUUAUCACUGAUUAUUGACAUGACUGCAUGUGAUUACAAUACUGUACGGUAGUAAAGGUAUGUCUCCAUUCAAGUACAAUGCCAGUAUUCAUUCCACUAUAGCCAUCAAACUAGAUCUAAUGUUACUUACAUGAUCAUCUUUGUUAUGAACUCUACGUUAAUAUUUCCAGUAAAAUGAUGAACCCACUUUUUAAAUGCAAUGGCAGUUAAAUUAAAAAUCAAACAACCUUUAUAAAAAUGUUAACCAAAUAUGUUGCUCUAAAAUAAAUUUUAACCAAUGUUUAAUUUUUUAUUUUAUGUUUUGGAACACAGCCGCUGAUGUGGGACCACUUCUGGAGACUGAAUUAAAUAUUCUGUGCUACCAAUAACUUGUAUCCCUUUAGUGAUCAUAUUGCUGGAGAGCAUACAAACAGCUUUCUCUCAGGUGUCACCUCUUUGUAGUUGUGGACUGUUAAAUAUUAAUUUAUAUUCUGUUAUUUUUUACAAUACACAGGUAACUGCUGCUAUGAGAUGGCCCUAACAGCUUCUCUUGUUUAUGCUGUUACUAAAUUUGAAUUUUUUCUGGCGCUUAGCCUAAAGAUUUAUCUUCAUUGAUAAAUUAAUGGUUUGGCUAAUCAAAUUCUUUUUUUUUUUUAAUGAUCAACCUUCAAUCCAAAACCAUUGUGCUAUCUGAAAGAAAGAAACCUUCCCAAUAAAUGUAUUGCUUAUCCAUCAUCAUGUUUACCCAACUAUGUGAAGUUACCGGAUUUUAGCCACAGCUAAAUUUUGUAUACUAAUGCCUCCAUAAUUCUGACUUUGUUUAUUUAGUUUACAAAAAACAUGCAUGUUUUAGAAAAAACAUCUUUCUCUUGUAAUUUAUUGGUCAGGUAUUAUUUUAGGAAGAAUUGAGUUUAAUUUAAUUAUUUUGGUGCAAACUAAUGCUGUAACAUUUUUUCUGUCCACUCCUGGUAUUAUUUUUAAUCUAUAAUGGUUAGGGGAAAUCUUAUUUCCUUAAAUUUUAGUUGAUUAUUUGAGGUUGUAUUUUAAACAUUGAGGUUCCCACACCAAUACAAACUGUGGGUGUGUGGUUGUCAUAAAAAAUGAUUAAUAAUUAUUAAUGAAUAAAGCCGAAGCCAAUGUCAGACAUGCAGUUGUCAUCAAAUUACUUAUUUGGCAGAGUUAGUAUAACCAACAUGAUGCUGUGUUAAAUUUGGAGCUAGAGAAGUAUAGCUAAAGUUAACCUCAACAUAAUUAAAAAGGUCAUUACUAAUGUCCCUUCUAAUUAAAACCAGUAAAUAAAAAAAAACCUUGCAUUUAGUUCGAAAUAAAAUAUUAUGUCUGGCAAAUUAGCACACCAUAAAAAAAGUCAGUGCAUUUUAGGAAAUAACAUGUGAGCAAGUCUUUCAGUAGUCACUAGCGAUGUGUAAACCUCUAACCUCUGUAACGAGCAAAUUCAUGUGUUCUAAUGUUGCAAACAAACUUAUAAUACGAAACUCAUAUUCAAAAUUUAACAUUGAAUUAUUUAAAAUAAUGCAGAGCAUAAUAAAUAUCCUAAUAAAUAAAAUAAUAACUUUUCAAAUACCAACAUUUCUGGAUGCGAAUCACACACAUACAUUCUGCACUUACAGCUAGAAUUCACUGCCUAAAUAAUAAAUGUUGCUUGCAACCAUCAUGUGCAGAUGACAGCAGGAAACAGACGUAUAUUUUUAACUAAUAGAAGUAGCUCCGAUAAAGACGAAAAAGACUAAAAAAUUCUAAACCCCGGUUUUGAACCUAAUUUUUGAAAAGGAAUUUUAUAAAAAUACUGCCCAUCUUGUUAAAAUUCACUAAACAGUUCAUAAUAUAAAGUUUUCGCACACUAGAAGUUAUACUUCUAGGGCAUUACUAAAACAUCAACUUAAAACAUUUUAAAACAUAUGUAUUAUAACACUAAGUAUAAUUUUGUACAUUUGUUUUGGCUUAAAAAGACUUAAAUCAGUUUGCAAAAACUUACUACAAACAAACCUUAAACGUAUUAAACUCAUUCAUUAUUAUAUGUUAAUAAAAAAGUAAAAAAAAAAAUUCAGUGACGAGGUUUGAACCAUGUCAAAAAUAUCCCCUUGAGCUAUACGAGCGCACGCUCUACCGUUGUGCUCCAGGGUCUAUUGGGAUUUUGCAAGGAGAAUAUGUAUUAUAAUCAUUGUAAUACCAGUUUUCUUACGUAUUUUAAAACUUGUAAUCAUAUUUUUCUAUGACUAUUUUAGUUUACAAAUAUAUUACAGGGUAGUUUCACUAUCAUAAAGUUUAAUUUGGCACACCAAUACAUAUAGUAUGUCCCCUAAUGUUUACCAAAGUGACUACAUAUGGAUUUAUAUUGCUACACUUGGGUCCGCCAUCGUGACGACUUCGGCACCAUGGUUACUUCCAUUCCAUUCAAAAUAUUACUCCUACCAAAUGCCGUACACAGAGAGCUAAGAUGUUUACACUUUAAAAAGAAGUUUGUGUAGUUAAUGGGAAGUGAGAAUCAGGGAAUGUAAAGUCGAGGUUCUGCUGCAGCAAUAGGUAUUCAUGUUUUACUACCCAGCAAGAAAUAUGAGGUUGAUGAAUAAAAGCGGUUCUUUGCGGCCAUAUCACGAGGACAGAUCAUAUUCUCAAGCUCUGAAAAGUAGUUUGUAGUUAAACGUUUUCUUGGGUACCUACCUCUUUCUGUGAGGCAUGACAGUAGCAUAACCUUGCUCUUAUCCACAUUCGAAAGACAACCUGAAAAAAAUUAGGUCACUUUUAAUGACAUAGAGACAUCAUUCUUAGUUUUGUUUUUAGGUAAAUUUUGUAUUUAAAAUUGAUAAUUUCCAUGUGGUUUUAUUUUCAUUUUUAUAAGUGAUGUUUAUUUAUGACAGUAUAUAUGACAGUUGUUUUAUGACAAUAUAUAAUAUGCCUGACAACAUAUUUCUUAAUUCUUUUUUCACAAAAAACAGUAAGUUUCAUUCUGAGUAUGGUAGUUUUUAAAGUUGAUUAUUGGUUACAUGAAUGCCUGAGGUAAACUUACUAACAAAAAAUAAAUUAUCAAGUGUUUUUGUGUUUUAAGUACACAAAAUAAUAUAUAAUGUAAAAAUAAAAUAAUAUCAAUCGGGGAACAAUUAGUUUAACAAUCCACUAAAUACUGCAUACACUCAAACAAUGUCAUUCAUUACAUUUUGGAAUGCUUUUGUUUAAAUUCAGUUUUAUUCCAUGAAUCAACUCGCAUUCCAAUGUUAUUUCGGUUUAAUCACAAUCAUCCAACAAUUCUUGUCCCUAUUAAUAUGAAGCACAGAAAAACGAGACUCUUAUAAAAUAAAGGUGACAGAUACAGAUAGGACAAGGUUGUAAGAGUUAAUACAAGGGUAAGAAACAGGCUCAAGCCAGUCAACACAUUUUAAAAAUGGUCCUUUCCCAUCCUCUUUAAUGCAACAGAAGCACAAGUACAACUGAAUGUAUGAACUCCACCAACAGUGACAUACGUGCAUUCAAGUAAGAUGACCUGUUGUUAAAGACAAGUAAUGGCUUAAAACUCUUCAAACUAGCAAACAUUUUUAGUCUCAUAUGCUUUAAAAAACUGUAUCAUGCAAACCUACAUCCCUGACUUUAUUUACUGCUUAUUCAAUCAGUACCAUUUAACUUAACAUAUUGUAUAAAAAUAUAAGUCUGAAUCCAGAAACUGUAAAAAAAAAAUCACACGUAUCUACAGGUCGAAAAUAUAACGUAAUGUUGUAUUUCGUCAAAGACAUAGUAUUAUUGGUCAUGUCUUAUUUGUUUCAGUCUCCACAAACAUGGAUGUGUUGAUAUUGCUCUAUGUAUUUCAGGUGGCUACAAAAUACUGCAAUUAAUUUUUAAUGUCGACACUGCUUGCAAUUGGUUUUUUGAUUAGUUUGUAUAUCACUGACAUUAUUAUUUUCCAAGACAUGUAAACUAGUUAAAAGAAUGUGUACUAACUGUUAGCAUGACUUAAGUAAAAUACAGGCUUAAAAUUUAAUUAUAUAUAUAGUGUCUACAAAAUUACAAAAAUUUAUUAUAUAAUUAAGUUUUAUAAUUAAGUUUUUUUCCCUAAAAAAGUACAAUGAUCAGUCAGAGGAAACAUCACAAACCUUACCCAGUUCCUUAAUGUAGUCUGAUGACCAGUCCACAACUGCAGCUCACCUGGGCAUCAGAUUAAAGCAAGUUUAGAAGGUUUUGUUUGUGGGAUAAUUUUGCAGCAUUGUAAAAAUUUAAAAAAAAAAUUAAUUUAAUAGUGUUGAGAGCCAUUUGUAUGAUUAAAUUUCCAUUUCAUUAUUUUAGCUAUCAUGAAAUCUUUCCAAGCAGGGAAAAAAAAAAAUAUUGACAUACUUAAUUCUACUAGCCAAUUCAUUCAAAUUUCCCACUGAGAAUGUUUCUUCAGCAGUGAACCUUUUCAUUUUUUUUUUAUGAGUACUGUUGUAAUUAUAAAAUAAAAAAAUCUAAUAUUUCUCCUAAACUAUCUUUUUGAUGAGGCCUUCUGAUCAAACACACUCCUUAAGUUUUUAGUACAUACAUAUUCUCCUCAGACAAGGGUAAGGCUCAGAUGAUAUUUGGCAGUGAAAAAGUAUAAAUUUGCAAUACCUCUACUCAGGGACUAAUUUUGUUCACAAAAAAUGACAACUUAAUCCAUAAAAUUGUACUUGAUACCUAAUAAAAUUAAUAAAAUUACAAUUUACCAAAUUAAAUAUUGUAAAUUAAUUACUGCAAUUUUUGGUUUAUAAUAUAUUUACAAAUACAUGUGUACUUCGAAAUGAAAUAAUAGUUUAGAAUAACUUUUUCGGGCAUUUCAUAAAUAAUAACUUAAAAAGAUAUCAACUAGUGAAUCUUUGAAAAAUUUACAUGAAACCAAUUCAUAAAUAAAAUGUACUUAAUGCACAGAAUGUUGUUAUGAGUGCAAAACAAAUAAUGACUGCAUCUAAAUUGGCACAUAAUAAUUACAAAUACUACCUAUAUAAAUAAAUGGAAAAAUCCUAAUCCUAGGCCCAAGAAAUUCUGUUAACUGAAUCCUAAACCAAGUAGAAACAGACACUUUAUCUAGAACAAAAUUUCACUAUCCUUCAGGAUCCGGAACACAUUCUGCAGUGUUUUUGGUGAAAUUCAAACACUAUUUUACUACCAGAACUGGAAGGAGCUUUUUUGAUAUGUUGUGUCCGGGAAACAAUUAUCUAAAAUUGUAUACAUCAUAAACUAAAGAUUAUUUAAUAUCUUGUUUAACUGCAUUUUUGAAUUGCCUGGUGAAAUGUGUUUAAAAAAAUUCAUAAAUCAAAAACUAAAAGGAGGCAUUCAGAACUCAGAAAGCACAGUCCAUGGGUCUCUCCACGAUUAACUUAGUUUAUUUGAAGUCUCCAUUUCUUGUAGGUGGUUCCAUCCCAAAAUCUGAACACUAUGCAAAAUUUAGGAGCAUAGAAUUAUUAGGAUACAAAAAUAAUUGGAACGUCCUGUCAUAUUUAAAUGUUUCUAUGCAUAUUAAUGCAAUAUCAAAACCCAAAUUUUUUAACUACUAACCCCUCAUUGCUGUAGACUUACUAAAGGGGCCAUAUUCAAGGACAAUAACAAUAACACAAUAUGAAGUGACUUUAGUCAAGUUACUAGCAACUGCAGAUUUAGAAAGCUGGGUUUAUCCAGCUGAGUCAGCCACUAGCAUAGCUUUUAUAAGAGAAAGUGAGCAUGACACAACACGUGAUAUGUGUUUCCAGAAGGGUGCAGAAGACAGAAUCACCAGACAGUGCAUGCAUAUAACCACAAUGGAGAGAAGUACAUUAUAUAGGUACUUCAUGCAAAAAUCAUUAAAAGCUAGUUAAAUAGUUGAUUUUUGAUGACUAAACAUGCACUUUAUUCUGAAGCCAAAUUAAGCUACUAUAAGAAGAUUAUCAGUCCAAAAUAGUGUCUUGGAGUUGUAAAAUUAAGUUACCAGUAGAAUUACAUUUAGAGUGUAGGGCACUAUUUUAAUUUUACUAAUUUUUGCUGAUUCAUAGAAAAAAGUAUGUUGGCAACUUUGAAUGUCAGUUAAACCACUCUCAUCCCUACUGUCUGAGUGAUUCUGUUUCCUGCUACCCCCUUCAUUACCCACAGUAUGCAAGAGUUUGUAUUAUACAUGAAAGACUGAUUAGUUUGUUUAUAAUAUUGUACAUGUGUUCAUGUUAUGUAAUUAUAUGUGUGUACUUAUCAAACAAUAAAAGUGAAGCUUGAAAUCACUUAAAAUUGCAGCAGUAAAUAAAUAUUGACACAACAAGCCAUGUUCUUUCAUGUAAAAAAAAAACCACACAGAGUUGCUUCCUAUAACUAGGUCACCAGUGACUACCUGGAAAGUAAAAAAUUAGUGAAAUAAUGCAUUUCCCCACAAUAAUAUCACUUGUGUUGGGAUUCUGCAGCACACUGCAAAAAGCAAGUGAUAUGAGUACAUAUAAAUGGUGAUAUUUAUAAUAUAUUUGAAAUUUUGUAACACGUUUGAUAAUUAUGUGUUUUCUGUUUUGUGUUAAUCUACGGAAACAAGGUUGUUACGACAAUGAAGACUGGGUCCUACGUGCCUUUUUUUCCCUGUAAAAUCAAUUUUUUUUAUUGUGCCAGGUUUUUUUUGCAAAGUGUUUAGUGAUGAAAAAAAAAUUGAUUUUGAUAACAGUGUAGGUAUUUACUAUUUAUUAUGAAAUUGGAGUAGUUUUUUACAGAUUUAGAUUCAUGAAAUAAAUAUGUGUAGAAAAAAAGUUUUUAAAUGCAAAGAGGAACAAAAACAAGCAAAAAAUAUUCUACUGAGCUAAGUUAAGAUUUUUUUACAGUAAUUACCAUAAUCCAGACAAUAUAAACAUGUUUUAUAUUUUUUAAGGGGCCAGUUUUAGUCAGUUACUAUAGGCCAAAUAGUAACAAUAUAACACUGUAAUUAUUAACUACAUUUAAUGUCCCUUUUAUUCCUAUAUGUUUAACUUCUCAUGUCUUCAUGAUGAGUGAGAUAUGGUAGUUUCCUCAAAUACAAAUAGUUCAAGUAAUAAUUUUCUUGAUUACAUUUAUUUUUAAAGUUUAAAUAUUUCUUAAAUGCUUCAAGUUAUAUUCACAUAUUAUCUAAACCAGCAUAAAUCAAUGAGAGGCGUUACAAGAAGUCUCAAAAAUAACAGAUACAAAUAACUUUCAUAAGAGUGCAGUAUUGAUUACCCAUCUUGCAUAGUCGCAAGACUUUGCAGGUGUACCUGCGAUACAUUAGUUAAAGAAACGCUGCAGUCACUUUAAAGAUUGGUAAACAAUUAUGAGUACUAAAUGAUAACAAUAAUAUCUAUCACACAAUUUUCCAUUAUUAAUUUCUUGGACAGAAUUGAAAUGAAUUUGAUUUAUCUCCAGAGGAUCAUUCUUGCAUAUUUUCACUUUCAGUGGCAUUAGAAUACUCAGAUGACAAAUAAAAAUCAUGAAAACUUUUUCAACAGUGCAUGAUCAAUAUUUUCAGCACUUGUAGCAAACUUGCACAUAGUUUUGUAAAGCAUUGAAUGCAGUCGUGUUUAAGUGACAGUAAAAUAUUAAUAUUAAAUGUGCAUCCACACUUUAAUAAAAAAAAUUAUUACUGUGCUCCUCAUAACACACACUGAAAACAGCAGAAUGAAUCUCGGAGGAGAUUGUAUUCUUAGUUGGUUUUCCCCAAUGACUAUCUUAAGUUUAUCCUAUGCCAAACACAGGAUGUCUGGAUUCAUUUGGAUAAAAAAUCACAUUUUUCAUUUUUAUAACAAAAAGCAGCUGUUGAACAUAUUGUUUUGCCUCAUUGCCCCUUACGUUUUUGAGUACCUACUUAGUACUUAUAACAUCUAGAUUGUAGCCUAUUAUAGCCAGUCACUAAAUGCUUCUUGACUUCUAGGUGAGGUAACCGCCAUAAAAAUGGUGUGUCUGAUGUUUCGGCAUUCCUUCUUGCAACCACCUUCACAGGCGAUUUUCAUGCAUGUAGCCUCAGACAAAAAAAAAUAUGCAAUUCCAGUUAAACUAUUUAUUGACGUAGAACUUCUUUGGGUCCAAUGAGAGUAAAAUUUCAAGGUCAAAUUUUAAUCCAACAUUUUUGUGAAACAUUGUUGUGAAAUGUUUCUGACCCGAAAAGGACAGAAAAUAGGUACUUGGCCAAAGAGAUAUAGAGCGAGCACUAUGCUAUAUACAUUGCUGGGCUCCUUUUCGUUCUCAUCUCUGUGUGAUGAUUUAGCCCCUGCCUAAAAAAAAUAUAACCGAGAGAGAUAGAUGAAUGAAAGAAUAAUACAGAGUAUGUGCGCAUGCACUUGUUUCAGAAAAUAGAUAUAGGUAUCCUAUAGUCAGCUAUGAGUGCCUUGAAUUUUAUAUUCGCUACCAGCGCGCUCGCGUUCCUCCUUGUUCAACCAGCAGUGUAGAGCGCGCUGUUGAGAGUCCCUGCAUUUCCCGUAUAGAUAGCACUAUCUGUUGUGAAUUUCAUAUUUUGUUCAGAGAUGUUGGCAUGUUCCAAAUGGCAGAAUUUUUUAAGAAACAGUAAUAUUUGUUAAUUAAUCAUUGUUUAUUGAUUAAUAAUCAUUGAUAUCCUGAGCAGUUAUUUUAAAGUGAGUAAUAAUUUGUUAAUUCAUAUUUAUUUAUAAAAUUGUUUUCCUUCUCUCUUUCUCUUUGCCGUUUUACCCCUUACAAUAUACUUAUGAGUCAAGGUUUGAAUUUCCAAAGUAGUUUCACUUCUAUCACGUGUACUUUUUUUUAUGUAGAUGAACAGGUGCUUAACCAACUGUUGAGUUCACAGUUCCAUUAGUGACCACGCACACACUAGACAACACCCAUGAUGAAAGAGUUGGUGUCUGAAUUAUGGUAAUUUUUGUAAAGAAAACUUCAUAAAAUUUUUAUAAUAGUGUUGAUGAUACGUAUGAUACCAUGAGUAAACCAAUUAAUUUUGGUUAUAAUAUAAAUACAUGAAAUAUUUAAUACAAAUGUAUUGCCAUGUAGUAAAUAAUUGCCUAUUGUUUGUUAUAUUUGGUGAGUAAAAUUAACUGUUAUUUCCAACACAGAACAUGAUGACUGUACUGCACCUAAAGAAAUUUACGGUCUAUGGUAGGUAGUCUUUAACUUUAAACUCGACAUUUGGGUUGGUAAAAUUUUAUCUCAUUCUGUGGUGCUUUGUAAAUGUGCAGCACUUGAGUAAUUUAUCACAACUGCCUCCUCGGUUAGAUCCAGGAAGUUAUCCUCCAGCAUUUUUUGUGCAGUGCAUUCACCAUGAUGCGUUUGAUGUCGAGUCAGCACCAACGUAAAUGUAGUCCAUGCACUUAACACUUGAGUAGAAAUGAUUAUUUGUAAAUAUAAUAAUCCUUCGGCCAGUGAAAUCACCUAGUAACACUCUAUGUGGAUUCCCAUUUUAUAAACUUCUGUAAAGAUAACAGGUUAAAUCACUUCGAUCUUGAUGUAACUACUUAUGUAUCCAGUGUUCCAAUUCAGUGCUUUUAAGGUUAAAAUGUUGCAGAUUUGAAUGACCAAAAAAAGAUUCCUUCUCUAGCAAAGAAUUUUUAGUAAUUGUUUACUGUCAAGAAUGUAGUUAAGAUUGUGCAAUUCUUAAAACUACCCUUCAAAUUAUACUGUAAGCAUUUUCAUUUGAUCUCACAUAUGUGAUUUGUUAACCUUACUGAGACUGCAAAAUGCCCUAAUAAUCCAAUAAAUUAUGAUCAUAAGCAAGGACCACCACAUUUAAGUUUUUUCACUGGUAUUUCUCACUGCUUUUGUAUUUUCACAUUGGAUUUUUGCACCGCUUUUUAAUUAUUUUAACACCGCUUUUAGUCAGUUAAUUUACAGUUUUAUGGGGUCCUUACCUGCUAAUAGUUGUACACAAUAAUAAUGUUCAACAGAGAAGCCUGGUAGGCACAUGCUCUAGAAUCUGCAAGCUAUGACAGCCGUUUUUACAGUCAGGUUUUAAUAUAAAAAUAAUUACUUAACAAUAUUGUGGCAUUUAUUGCUUCCUACUCUUUAGGAAACUUUUUAAAACCAAAUUGGGGAGCAGGGAGAAUACACCAGAAUACAACUAAUCGUACACAAGUUUCAUUGACGCUAAUACUAGUUUUAAACGCAAAAAUUUUAUUUUUUAAAAAUUCUACUGUCUUGUAGCAAUCAUUUUAUGAUGAUAAGGUGAUCAACUAGUAAUGGUUAAAAUCAACCUCUAUGUUUGCAUUGAGUAAAAAGGUUAGGAAAAGCUGACACAGUUAAAAUGACCUAUAGUGUUAUUUCAUUCACAAACAAUAUGAUAGAUGAUUAGUUUUAUUUUACAAUCUCAUAUGAAGACUUAUAAAAUAAAAAAUAUUUUAAUUUCUUUCUUACUGCUUACUUAGUUUUGAAUGCAAAUGGUGAGGACAAAAGAAGUGCACAACAAACAUUUUUGGUGAUAAUAUAGAAGAGUCUAAAUUAACAUUUAAUGUGGACCGGGACAAACUCGGAUAACAAAAAUAUAGGAUAACACAGACAUAAUUGGAAAAUCGUCACGGUUUUCUGUUGGCCCAGUGGUAUCAUUUUUUGGGGUUAUGUUUUUCCAGGUUUUCUUCGGUGCUGAUUCUUUCACGUCACUCAUGAUUCGCCCAACCAGUACGUAACAUAUUUGAGGUAAAUUUUUUUAGACUUUUAGCAACAUUUAGAUCAUUUAUUAGAUCCUCAAGCAAAUUUUUUACAGUCUUUGCUGACAAUGGUGCUUAGGUUGGCUCAGAUAAUAUAGAAGCUUGGUUGAUCAAGACUCUACUGUGCUACAUAUUGAAAUAGUAUAAAAUGUUCUUCUUGAUAACCCACAAUCAACUUUUCUUGGUCAGUCAAAUGAACAAUCUGAAAUAUUUUCUUUUGUUUAAUAAUAGAUAAUGUGGCUUGAAAAAAAAUUGUUUCAUACUGAAACUUAUCAAUAUAUAAUGUUAAAGAUUGUAUGAAGCAUAAAUUGGUGUGCUUAUAAGGUAAAACCAUUGUUUUGAGUAAAAAAAAAAAAAAAGUGCUAAUGCAAAAAGACCCAAUCUGCAUUAGUUAGUUUUACAUUAUUUUUUUAUAAAACAGUUUUGAGUAACCUAUCAUCAAAGAGAAAAAUUAUGUUUUAUGGCAUUUUCAAAAUUGAAAAAUCAUUAAAUUCCAAUUAUAUUGUCAAAUAUGAAAGAAAAUUUCCUAUCAAAACCUCAAAUAUUUGUACAAUAUUAUUAUCAAAUGUUUUUUCUGUGUACUAUGUAUAAUAAACAGUUAUGUAAUGUGUACUAGAAACAAUAAAACAAAAA